ACAAUCACAGAAUACAUAUACCCAAAGGGACAGAAUAAAACGUCACUCAUUCACGUAAAAAACAAUUUUGUCGAAUUCGAAAAGGUUAUCAAAUCAAAUAUUUUAUGGUUUUAGUGUACGAAAAUUAUUUUUACGGCACUAAGAUACAUUGUAUAUUGAAAAUAUGUUAAUGUCUACUCGCGAUUUCUAAGAGGAUAAAGUUUGUUGUAGGUUAUAUUGAUUAUUUUUAUAGUCAAAAUAAAACAAUGAGUGUGAGCGCAGAUAUGUCGGAAAAGGAGAUACUUAAUGAUUUUAAAGAAAAUUAUGGUAAGAUCCGAAAACUGCUUGACGAGGAUAGCAAGAAUGAUCCGGAAAAUGAGCCUUACAUGUCCAAAUACAAAGCUAAAGGAAUACUGGUCUCUAUGGGGGACAGUUUGAAGAAAUUAAUUGAUAAUCCGACUAGCUUGGAUGACCUGAAGCUCCAAGCCAUGUUAGGAACAGUUUUACUUAACAUUGGUAUCAUUGAUAUGGAAACAGAAGAGCUGACAUCAAGUGAAAAGGUUUUGUCAGAAGCCAUUGACUUGCUUUCGCCAAAUUCUUCGAAACCAGAAAUAAUAAUCACUCUGAUAAAUGUUUAUAAUAACUUGGGUAUUCUGUGGUCAAAUCGUGAUGCGCCGGAUAAGGCGAAAACUUAUUUGAUACAAGCUAAAGAGUUAUAUGAGAAUUUUAAAUGCACACUGCAGUUGCCUUUGCCUAUUGAACAGAUCGUGAGCCCUACAGGGGAGAGUCCUAUGGGUGACUUCAUGUUACUUGAGAAAGCACACACACUAACUCUGUAUUACCUAGCACAAGUGUUUGGUUCUUUGAGGGAGAACUUGAAAUCAGCUAUUUAUUGUCAUGUGACACUGCGAAGGCAGUUACAGUACAACGAUUAUGAACCUAUUGACUGGGCACUAAACUCUGCAACAUUAUCACAGUUCUUUGCAGAACAGAAUGGGUUUUUCCAGUCCAGGCACCAUUUGGCAGCAGCUUCAACUAUCCUAGAGCAAUAUGAAGAGAAAUUGGGCUCCUCAGAUAAUAAUGAUGAAGUGUUUCAAGCUAAGAUUGAGACAUUUAAGCAUAGAUCAGCUGAUGUGGCUCGGUGUUGGGCCAAAUAUUGCAUUCUGCUCAUGACCUCAUCUAAAGCGAGGCUUAUGAAUGAUUCUGAACAAAUGACUGAAGAUGUGACAGAUAUGUCCGAUCUCACAUUGGAAGACCAAGAAAACAUCUGUGGAGGUGAUAUCACAAAGUUAGUAUUUACAGAUCUAGAUGUUUCAAAAUAUGAGAGCAAAGUUGGAGACAAGUUCCUUCUCACUUACCAGGAUGCUAGAGAAGUCUUCUUGAGCUGUCAGACUUGGUUGAACAAAGCCAAAGAGUACUACAAACUUGAUACCUUAGCUUCUGACUACAUAGAACUUGUACAGGAUAGUUCCCAGUCAUACAGCUACCUCGCCUUCUUUGAAGAGGACGAUGAAAGACGCGCAAAAAUGCACAAGAGAAGAAUCGACAUGCUAGAAGACUUACUAAAAGAAAUCAAUCCAGUAUACUACCUACAAUACUGCAGGCAACUCUGGUAUGAACUUGGUGAAGUAUACUCUGAUAUCCUUAAUAUUAAGCUCGAAAAACUAAACAAGUCUACUGAUAAACCAACACCGCACGCAUUGAAGAAAAUUAACAGUCUUUGUGAGAAGAGUAUUGAGAACUUUGAUCAUUUCUUGAACUCUGUUAAAGAUAAAGAUGGUAAAAUGCCUGUGAAAUUAGCGUUAGAAUUAGUUCGACCUGUCAUCAGUGCGCUCGCGUUUAUCGGUAGGAAUAGCAUGAAGAGAGUCGCUGUAGACAAGGUAUUACAGUUAAGAAAUGUACAAAAGAGCUAUGAUUCUUACCAAGCAGUCGUUGAUAUUUGUAUGAACUGCGAGGAUGCGGCUGCAAUGAUGCGAGAAGAGUUCUCUUUAUGCCAAGAGAUGGUGAAGAUAUUACCGAUUAAGAUAAAGAGACUGCAAAUUGAGACAGCACAGUAAGGGAAUGUGUUUUUGUGGAGAGCACUUAAAUGUAUGGCAGUGUUUUCUGGUUUACUCAGAAUGCUUGAAAAAUGCUGCUUUUGACUACAGCUGGCUGAUAUAAGCAACUAAUCUUGCUCACCAGAUGGCGGUAGUAUAGUAUGAGGUCUGUUCGGCCAAAUAUUGUAAUUGUAACAGUUUAAGUGUGGGAGAGCCAUACUUCGGCACGAAUGGAAAUGACUCACAGAAAACCGACGUGAAACAACGCUUGUGUUGUGUUUGAGCCUUGCCAUGGGCGGCGGCGAUUGCUUACCAUCCGGUGAUCCGUCUGCUCAUUUACCGGCUUAUACCAUAAAAAAACAGUUAAAUAUCCAGUGAUUUGAUAUACAUACUAUAAUAAUUUAUUACAGUAGGUAUAUUUAUAUUUUUUAUUAUACAAUUACUAUUGAACGAACAGACCUUACGAUAUAACACUAUUUGGUGAGCAAAUAAAUUGGUAGCCCUCAUUGGUACUAGUGUGUGCAUAGACUAUAUAAUUAUGUUAUGAAUGCUUGUACUUCAAGAGACUUUUAGCACAGGAAAAUAAUAUUUUUAUUAAAAAAAAAAAAACUGGGAACAGAUAACUUAUACAAUUCAAAUACUAGUCCAGGGUGUUUUAAGGCCUUUGCUAUUUUUUUUUAUUUAUUUAUUCAAAGGACUUUGUCUCAACGCAUUUGCUUGAUUUGCUUUAUAAAGAACACUAAUAGAAACAUUUUUGUUUAUUAAAUACAUCAAUAAAAUACUAUAAUAAUUAUAUAUGUUACUGUUAAAUUAUUGCAAUAAUCUCCAUAUUCUUCGUGGAACGUAAAAAAAAUAAUGGAAGCUGUUAACUGCGUUUAUAAAAGGAUUAAAUAUCUAUUAUUUAAA